AUGUGUUCGUAUUUGACUUUAAUAUUUUUAAGUAUAUUCAUUAAUGUAAUCGUAUUUUGUCAACAUUUCAAUGAAAUAAAGUCAUUAAAUGAAAAACACGUAAACAAUAAACAUAUAAAGAUAAAUGGCGAUAUCUCUUCCAAACGGGACUUGGUUAAAUAUUUACGAUCAUUAAGACACAUUAUUUAUUUUGCAUAUGACUUCAAAUAUGACGUCGAUAUGAAUUUUGAAUUCGGAUUAUUUCUAGUGAAUGUGAAUUUGAAAAAUAUUCUCGAAGAAAAGCGAAAUGAAUUGCCACUUUCUGUAAUAAAAUAUUUAGAAUUAAUAUUGAAGAAAAACGACGAAGUGAUUGAUUUUUUUAGGGAGAUGGUUAAUCGUGAUCAAAAUCCUGAGGACCGGAGAAAUAAAAUAUUAACGUCUCUAUUUUUAAACGAAUCUCAGUGGAUAUCAGAAUUACGUGGCUUUGAUAUAAGAAUUUUGAAACAAAUAAGGUUAAAAUCUGAUCAUGAACUUGAGGAAUUGUAUUCAACGCGAGAUAAUUACGAGAACAAAGUUGAUGAUCUGGAUAAUGGGACACCAAAUCCAAAGUUAUCAGACGCAUGCCUGGUAUCACUUGCUUCAAAUACAAUUAGUUAUUCUAAAUAUACGCCAAAAUGUGAGAUUCCUAAUGUGUGUCGAGAUAUGGUGGUUAAUGGAACAGAUUUUGGAUACGCUUUGCUCCAUAGGUUACUUUUAUUAUUGCAUGCCAAAUUUGCAAGAAGAUGUUACAUAUUAAAUCCAGUUGAAGAUAGAGAGAUGAGGCGAAGGAUCUGUAGCACAGCUUACGAUGAAGCACAAUAUAUUGCCAUGCAAGGUUAUCGUGUGAAUGACUUAAUCAUGGAACAGAUUGCCUUAUGUGGAUUGGAUGGUCAUGCAAAAUUUCUUCGUAGUUCGUGGAUAUCGAAUCUUCUUUACUUUCAAUCUCCAUACGGUUGUUUUGGUAUGAAAAAAUAUGGAUCAAUGCAAAUACACUCCGAUUAUCAAUUUUUCCCUGAUGAAUUAAUCGACAAAAGAACAAAAACAUGGAAGUUGGACAAGCAUUUGCAACACGACAUUAUUGGACGUUUAUGCAAUGGUCACGUGACCGCAGCAGCAGCCGCAACUUUAUCAGUCGCCAUCAGAUACAUCUUAGAAUAUUAUUGA